AUGCACGAUAAUAAGGUUGCGCAAUGUUACGGCUGCUGAUAAAGUGCACCUUCGUUGCGGUGUAUGUGCUACAAUCGAUCCAUUGUGAGGCUGAUCCACAGCUUAACCUUCCGCCUUUAGCACCGCCGGGUAUUGAAGGGCGCCGCCCGGUGACAUUUCCCAACGGCGAUGGUGCUCCGACGCGUGUGCCUUUGGGUGUUGACGGUAUGGUCAGUGGGGAUGGGAAUAGUGUGCACGAUCGUAGUAGAAGCGAACGGUUUGGUCCUCCGUACGAUGGUGAUGACGAUGAAGAAGACGAGCGACCCAAUUAUCCGGCCCAGCCACAGGGUCGUGCGAAUAAUGAGUACGAUAGAAGAGUUGGACCGGACUCGCCUUACUCGUACAACGAUCGGAACAGGUACGGCGAUCCUACCCGCAAUUCAAACCGUGAAAGGUAUCCAGGCGAUCGAAGUCCAAACCCUGGCGUUUCCGAUGUAGACAAUCCGCUGCUGUAUCAGGACGGUGGUGAUCGAAAUCGUAACAGAUAUGUAUCGGAUGUAGAAAACCCACUACUCUACCGGGAUCGCACACCGUACAAUCCGAACCGGGAUGAUGAUGAGCGUAACCGGUACAAUCCCAACGCACGGCCAUACAAUCCUAACGAUCCCAACUUUGGUGGGCGGAAUCCCGAUCCUAACUAUCGUGAGCCGGGCGUCCGUGAUCCUAACUACCGUGAUCAAGGCUUUCGGGAUCCCAAUCAACGUUUCCCGGGUGAAGAUCCUUCCUACCGUGACCGCAACCGGUACCCCGAUGAUCCCAACUACCGUGAUCCUUAUCGCAGCCCGGAAGAAGAACGGUUUCGCAUUGAGAACGAGCGUCGAUUUCGGGCAGAAACGGAAAAGUUGCGAGCCUUUCUUACGGAAAUUGAUCGAAAAAGCUCGCUAGAAUGUUCGCUAAACGUGGCAGCACAGUGGAACUUUGAGACAAACAUCAACGAUGCAACUCAGGUCGAAGCGCUUGCAGCUCAGCAACGAUACAACGACUUCCAACGUCUACUGUGGGAUCAAAUGCGUCGAAUCGACCAGACAAAAAUAUUCGAUGACAAGCUCUACCGCCAGGUGCGGCUUAUGUCGAUCAUCGGUCCAAGUGCUCUGCCACCAGAUCAGCUUGACAGGUACAAUAGAAUUGUGAAUGAUAUGCUGGCCAUCUUUAAUGGUGCUACCAUCUGUGCCUACGAGCAACCGUUCGAGUGUGGUCUACGGCUGCAGCCCCACCUGAAAGACAUAAUGGCGAAGAGUCGUGAUUGGAACGAACUGCAGUACACCUGGCUCGAGUGGCGUCGUAAAUCUGGACGAAAUAUGCGCGAUCUGUUCGAGCAGCUAGUAGAUCUUACGAACGAUGCCGGACGUGUUAACAACUUUACGGAUGGAGCUGCCUAUUGGACGUUCCCGUACGAGUCACGCAAUUUUCGCGAGGAAAUGGAGCAAGUGUGGCGCGAGAUUCUACCCCUCUACGAGAUGAUUCAUGCGUACGUACGUCGAAAGUUGCGAGAAUUCUACGGUCCCGAUAAGAUCAACAAGAAUGCUCCACUGCCCGAUCACAUACUCGGUGACAUGUACGGCCAGAGCUGGCGUAACAUUCUAGACAUUGUUAUCCCGUACCCCGGGCGCAGCUUUCUGGAGGUCACACCCGAAAUGCAAAAGCAGGGCUACAAUCCACUGGUGAUGUUUCAGAUUGCGGAAGAAUUCUUCGUAUCGAUGAACAUGUCCGCUAUGCCGCCGGACUUUUGGGCCUCGUCCAUACUUACCCAGCCGCCCGAUCGUCCGAUCCUCUGUCAACCAUCUUCGUGGGAUUUUUGCACCGGGAAGGAUUAUCGCGUCAAGAUGUGUACGCAGGUUACGCACAAGGAUUUCAUUACCGUUCAUCAUGAGCUGGCACACAUCCAGUACUUCCUAAACUAUCGCAACAAUCCGAAAGUGUUCCGAGACGGUGCUAAUCCAGGUUUCCACGAAGCGAUCGGUGAUGCAAUUUCACUGUCCGUCGCUUCACCGAAGCAUCUGCAAAAUCUGGGCCUCGUCCAGAAGUCCGUCGAUGAUACGGCGCACGACAUCAAUUUCCUGUUUUCGCUGGCAAUGGAAAAGGUAGUGUUUCUACCGUUUGCCCUCGCCCUUGAAGCGUGGCGGUAUGAUGUCUUUAGCAAGCGCAUCCGUAAGGAGCAGUACAACUGCCACUGGUGGCUGCUGAGGGAGGAGUAUGGCGGUGUUAAGCCACCGGUACUUAGGUCCGAACUUGACUUUGACCCUGGUGCAAAGUAUCACGUGGCAGCCAACAUCCCCUACAUCAAAUACUUUUUCUCCAAUGUGCUACAGUUCCAAAUUUAUCGAGCCCUGUGCACCGCCUCCGGUCAGUACGUUCCGCAGGAUCCCUCCAAACCAUUGCAUAAGUGUGACAUCUAUCGCCAACCGGCUGCCGGUAACAUUCUCAAAAAGCUAAUGGAACGUGGAGCAUCGCAACCGUGGCAGCAGGUCCUCCAGGAGGUGAUCGGUGAAGGCCGGCUGGACGGUUCGGCAUUGCGUGAGUUUUUCCGACCGCUCGAGGAAUGGCUGCGGAAUGAAAAUCUGCGCAACAACGAGUACGUCGGUUGGAUCUAUGACGGGGACUACUGCAAGCACAGCAUCGAGACGGCCAAUCUGCAAGUGUUUGGCGGGUUCUACAAUGUUGCGGUCGAGCUGCAGCUAACCAGCUGGUUGGUGCUUACGAUUUCCUGCCUGAUCGGGACGCUGGUGCACCGUCAUCAGUUAAGAUAGAUCGAAGACAGUGCACCCA